AUGAAAAGGAAGAGACAACCGGAUAUAGCCAGCGAUCAGCCUGGCCCUGCUCGACGGGCUCGAAGAAUCCAGACUGUGCCAAGGGGUGCAGAUGUUAUUGAAGGCACUGGCGAAGCAGCAUCUCAAGCUACAUCAAAGUCAACACAGAAACAGAGAAAGGCGCCUCGUCAAAAGGACGAAGAGCGUAGACUGCGUGCAUUUAGGUCCAAACCACCGCAGACCUACUUGGUCAAGUUAGACAGAGCAAGAACCCAAAGGUUAUUUGUCCUCAGGCGGACAAGAGGAGGAACCGAAGAAGUCCCAGAGGAAUAUAUUGACAUUGCCGGCUCAACCGGCAACAUAUACCAAGUUGUCAUCGGGAAAGAGCCGUCCUGCACCUGUCCCGAUGCAAAAAAAGGCAACCAAUGCAAACAUGUAGUAUAUGUCCUAUAUCAUGUCCUCCGAGCCCAUGAACAUCUCCGCUACCAGCUCGCGUUUCUAUCAUCGGAGUUGCGCGAGAUUUUCGAGAAUGCGCCGCAAAAUCCUGCGGAGGCCGCUUCUACAGGCAACACUAAGGGGGUCCGCAAAGAAAUUGACGGGGACUGUCCGAUUUGCUUCAUGCCGCUUGAAGCUGAAAACGAGUCUAUAGUGUGGUGCAAAGCAGCUUGUGGGAAUAAUGUUCACCAGGCUUGUUUUCAGCAAUGGGUUUCCAGUCAGAGGGGAAAGGAGAUCCGAUGCGUUUACUGUCGAACUCCUUGGGAAGCAAAUGAUGUUUCUGCUUUGGAAAACUUGCUAGAAACAGGCCAGGUCAAUAGUGAAGGGUACCUGAAUAUUGUUCUACAUAUCAUCAGCCCUUGGGCUACCGACGGCGGUAUCGCUAGCUCUGGCAUAAUGCGCUUCUCUUAUGUACUUGUGCCCGACCUGGUGUUGGCUAUCAAAGUAUAA